AGUCAUCUGAAACACGUUCUAGUUAGCGCUCGGCAGAAAGAUCCGUAGCCUUUUUUUAGCUCGGAGAUGUAGUCCAAAAACGUCAACCAUGGCCUAUGUCCAGAUUGAUUUUGAAGAUCUCGAAUUCUUCGAGAAAUGCGGUGGAGGUGCGUUUGGCUCUGUCUAUAGAGCGAGGUGGAAAUCGCAAGAUAAAGAGGUAGCGGUGAAGAAAAUCUUGAGUCUAGGAAAAGAGGCCAGUAUUCUGAGCAUGCUCAGUCACAAGCAUAUCAUCAAGUUUUAUGGAGCAGUAAAUUCUCAGCCCAACUUUUGCCUUGUGACAGAAUAUGCUGCCAGUGGAUGUUUGUAUGAUCAUCUCACAAACAAUAAGCUUAAUUUUGACCAGAUUCUACAAUGGUCCACUGAGAUUGCUCUUGGUAUCAAUUACCUCCACAAUGAAGCCCCAGUGAAGGUGAUUCACAGAGAUCUGAAGUCAAAAAAUGUGGUGAUUUGCUCUGACUUGACAGUCAAAAUCUGUGAUUUUGGCACUUCAAGAUUCCUUAAUAACACAACUAAAAUGUCUCUGGUGGGGACAUACCCGUGGAUGGCUCCUGAGGUUAUUCAAAGCCUGCCAAUAUCAGAAGCCUCUGAUACAUUUUCUUAUGCUGUGGUGCUAUGGGAAAUGCUUACCCAAGAGGUACCAUUUAAAGGACUUCUUGGUGUCCAAGUAGCAUGGGUGGUUGUGCAAGAGGAAGAGAGGUUGACCAUUCCAAGCAGCUGCCCAGAAAAGUUUGCAAAGCUGAUGAAAAAGUGUUGGUUGACAGAACCAAAGGAACGUCCAAAUUUUAAUGAGAUUCUGUCAGAACUCAAAUCCAUGAGUGGAGAUGCUUCUCUACAACAGGAAACUGACUCCUUCAUUGAACAGAAAAAGAAUUGGAGUAAUGAAAUAGAUGCUACGUUGAGUAGGCUCAAGAGGUUAGAGAGAGAUUUAACAAAUAAGGAGAAAGAACUGCGUGAGAGAGAAGUACGUGUACAACAAAAAGAAAAGAAAAUUAAUGAGCUGCAGUCUAUUUCUAAGGUUCUGGACAAACAUGAUGUUAAUGCCUGGACAGAGAAUGAUGUGUGUUUAUGGCUGCAGCAAGUUGCACAGAACAGUGGGCAUAAAGACCUUGUGACGUAUUUACCACUGUUCCAAGAUAAUCAUAUUACUGGGAGAAGGCUCAUUGUGCUUACAGACGAGCAGUUGGUAACUCUUGGAAUAGAAUCCUUCGGUCACAGGAUUGAGUUGAUGGAGCAAAUUGUUCAUUUGAGGUCUGAGAGCGAGUCGAUGAUGCACUUUCCUCCUCUUCGACCCAUGGAUGAUGUUACAACAAAUGGCUAUGCAAGCAGUCAACCCCAACAGCAAACUCUCAUUCUCUUAUUCGGUAAUCAUUGUAGAAUGGAAAAAUCCUCACAGGAGCACAAAUGGAAGAUGUUCGUGGAAGUUGAUGGAGACGAGACAGCUCUCCUUCUGGUGAAGAAUGUCACCUUUUUUGUCAAACACACAAGUGAGAUCAAAACACUGAGCCAGCCGCCUUACGUUAUGAGCAGCUGGCAGACCAGCACUCCCGGUGCGGCACCGGUCGUGGAAUGCACGGUGAAUUAUGAGAAUAAUGUCAAAAAGCCCAGAAGUACCAAGCAUGUGCACACAGUCCUACUUCAGGAGAGCGGCUCGACGAUUACAAAAACUGUUCAUUUAACGCUGAAGCAGUCAACGGGAUCCAGUGCAAGAGGGAACAGCCGCCUGGACGGAUCUUCAUCUCAAUCCCCUACCCCACCCGGAUCUCCUUGUGUAACCAAGGCUUCAGGUUCAAGGCGGUCGUCCUUCUCCAAUCCCCCUCCUCCCCUUUUAAACGCGGUUCGUAGUAAGCAAGAGCCAUUUCCAGUGACGUGGGCACAGAAAGUGGCGUUUAGUGGCCCUUCAACACCUGUAAAAAGAACACCCACAAGGGUGGUCCCAUCUGCUACAACACCGACAACAAAAAGUCCUACAAAUAUUUCUCCUUGGAAUGCCUCCGCCAGCUCUAAAUCUUUUAAAGGAUACCCCUCCAACUGGGACGCAAGUUGGAUAUCAGAUGGAAACCCUAAGCCACGCUCCUCUUCCUCUCCCUCAGACCUUACCCGGGGAUCUAAACAACAAUCCAGUCAGCAGUAUCAAUCGUCUAGGGGCAGAAGAGGAGGGGGCAGAGGUGCAAGGGGAGGUGGCCACAGGGACCAGAGCUACCAGCGAAGUGUUAGCGAUUCAAAGUAUGCGGGUAGAAGUUCAUAUGUUCGGGACGAUAGAGCGAUAAAGGAACGCUUGGUUGCUACUGAAGGUGCCAUUCGGACUCCGCCGAGGAAAAGUAGUGAGGUUUCAAGACUCAACCCACAACAGGAGGAGACUAGGGCACAUAAUGACAGAGGGACGACAAGUGAAAUGGACACUUCUGGUAGUACCUCACCUUCAUCCGGUGUAACCGAUCGGGACAACACACAGGGUAACGGCACGAGUUCGGAAUGGUGUACUGUUUCACACAGGAAGACACAUCGGGAGGGAACUGGAACCACAAACUCGCAAAGUAACGGUCGUAGAACGUUUGAUAAGCGGUCAGUUGACGAGGGGAGAGGAAAUAGACGAGGGGGUCAUCAAGGUAGAGGAAACCGGGGUCGAGGCGACCGGAGCAGGGGAACUGGAGGCCCCAGGGGACGUGGGCGAGGAGGACGGGGAUCGAUGUAGACAAAGAAUACUUUUUACCGCGCGUUAUUUAGGGAUAAUAGAUUGAUGUUGAAUAAUUUUUUACCUAACGGCUUUUCGAACGCAAGCAGAAGGAAAUUGUUCGCUUCUGUUUAAUUCUUAGUGGUCUAUUAACGUUCUUAUAUUCGUAUUGAUAAAGUUAUAUUUUCGUUUCUACCAGUGGGUCUCUUAUUCUUCGCACAAGCAUAGUCGUAAGAAAGUCUUAAUCUUCGUAAACGUAUCGUUAUAAGAAAGUCUGUGUCGUGUAUUCUGUUAUUACCUAUCCAAAGAGCAGAUUAAGCUUUCCUUGUACGACAUGUACUCGCGGUCGAUCUCAGCUAAAAACAGAUGGAUCAUUGGAUCGAGACCUUAAUUUACGUGCAUCCACAACAAUUUAAAUACAGAAAUUCAAACAAAGAAAAACAAAACAAAACAAAGCAAAACAAACAAACAAACAAAAAAAAAAGAACAACAAACAGAACUGAAGAAAUAAAAAAAAGAAAUCAAAUAAUAAUGGCUCUGCCAACGGUUCGAGGCGUCCGAAUAAUUGACAAAUCUCUCAUCGAGUAAUGAUGCUAAUCGCAGCCAGAUGACUAAUGACUUUUGAUGAAUUUUAUUGAUAGGAAAAGUAAUAAACUUGUUUGAUACUA